AUAGCCUCCUCAAAGGCUUGCCUUGCGCGUGGCCAAUGUUUCCUACUUGACCACCCUUCCACAAAAUGAAACGACUCCCCGUCAUUCUACAAGAACAACCAACAUGACCGAGGCAAAGGAGGACUUGACCGAGAAGGCUCAUUAUGACCCUCAGUGGAUUGCAUGGAAUGGAGGAUAUCUGCACUCUAACAAUGUACUCUUCUAUUUUGCAACCUCGCCCUUCUUCGAUCAGGUCUCCGGAAACCAAUCUCUCACCACCCAAUGGACUAACACGCCAAAUCAAAACGACAUUCUGGGAACUAGGCAGAAAUUCGAAGCCAAUCUCCGUCAUCAACGAGGGCUCCAAUAUGUAGUCGACCACGACCCGCUCGAGGAGAAGGUCUUUGUGGAUGGCCCAAAUGGUCGUGAGGCGUCCAACGUCUGGGUCAUUCGGAAGCAGCACCGCGAGAACGAGUCAGAAAGCGGUGUCACCGUUCUAGGCUAUUACUACAUUGUCAACGAUGUGAUCUAUCAGGCCCCUUCUGUUGCAAGUGUCCUCAACUACAGAAUGCUCAACACAGUGGGGACUCUGAACAAGAUGUUUUCUGGACCGUCCGAACUGUCAACCUUUACUCCCUCGCACGGCCACUCUUAUUCCAAGCCUAGUCAGAAAUCCACUGCACAGGCUCUAACAGGGGCAUUGCCAUCAAGCACUGAAGAUGGACCUACGGCAGAGGCCGAAGCCUCUUCUACAGACAAACCUUCAUCUUCGUCUCAAAUCGAAGAAUCGGAUGAUAGCAGCCAACAAACUCUGUGGAAUGCUCUGCGUAUGACACUCCAAUAUGGCAAGGAAUACAUGGAUCAAGUUCCACUGGUUGGGGAGCCAGGAAAUUUCCGCUUUAACAAAGCACGAGAUCCUCCUCCAAUUCUAGCGAAAGGAGCGGUUGGACCAACAGCCACAGGCAGUCCUCUACCAUCGCGGGCAGCAUCUGCGGUACCAGCGCCUAAGGCCAUUGCUGAUGGAGACAAAAGUGCUCUAUACGCAGCCACUCCCAAGAAGCGCAGGAAGAGCAAGGCAGAAAACAGCACCCCUUGAGGACUGUGCACCGACUGUUGGAUAAUUAGGCAUGGGCGACCAAAAGCGACAUUGACCUCUGAGGGAUGCGUCUCAUUGGCGGUGGUAACGACAGUCGUCGGUGCAGCCUGAUUGACUCCACGCUAUGAGUAGCCAUGAAUAAAUGAAUAAUGGUGUGACUUGAGCGCCACUACGCGAUCUCGCAUAGAACUAGAUAGACAAUCACAGACUUUAG